AUGGAACCAUGGGGCUCCAUAAUAAACGUUCUGAGUAAGCAGAAGGGCGUGCUGGAUGAUCUGGUUCUGGGGUGCAAUAUUUGGACCUUGGAAAAUAUCCCUGGCCCUCUGGAUGCUACCAACAACCGGAUCUACAACGCCAUCUAUUCCAUCAACCAAGACCUCGCAGCCAAAUACCGACAAUGGAUAAUCACGACUCGUCUAGGACAAAUGAUGGAGGUCACCAAGACACAGGUCGGAAUACUCACAAACGAUCUCGCAACCGGCAUUGAAAAAGGGAAGCAGGCGGCACAAAAGGCCAAAGACGUUGAGACAUGGCAAAGCAUGGGCCACGCCCUUCAAGCGCUCAUUACCAAGUACGACCUCCAUGGCGAUAACAACCCCUGCGCCAAAUCCAUUGAGCUCAGCUGGGCACUUGAUGCGUCGACCAAGAAACGGGCUGCUACUGCCCUCACGGCCCAGGUCGACGAAAACGGCCGUCCGAUCCGGCCUCCGAAUACACUGUCCAUUAUGUUCAAGGUUGUCAAGACGGACUUGCCGGGGAUUGGGUAA